CCCCUGCAGCGCAGCAGCAGCGAGGCGGCCCUUGCGGGGUCCCCAGAGGAGAAGGGGUCUCCGGGGAUCGUGUUCCCUCGGGCCCGCACCCAGAGCCACGAGGAGGCGGCCGGGGGGGGCAGCCCCACGUCCCCCCGCUUCCGCGACCCUCUGCUGCUGUUGGGACUUGCGGCCGGCGGGGGGGACCCCGAUUUCUUCCCCCACCCCCCCUGGAGCCCCCUCCUCGCUCACUACGACGUGCAGAGCAUCCUCUUCGACCCGGCCGAGCCCCCCACGGCCGACCCGGGCCCCACCUCGGGGGCUUCCGCUGCCCACCUGGAGCCCGAGGAGCCCCCUGGGCCCCACGGGGCUCCUCCCGACCCCGAGGCCCUGGUGCUGAGCUGUCCCCGCUUCUGCUGCGAGACGGGGGGAGAGCAGGAGCCAGGGCUGGGCCCCCCCCGCGGCCCCCCCGGGCCCGGGCAGCUGCCGAACGCAGCGGUGGCGGUGCUGGAGGAGCCCCCGGCGGGGGCGCGACCCCCCCACCCCAUCGAGCACAGCGACGACGGCGCCGAGUACUAUCGCAAGUACUUCUAUGGGAAAGAGCACCAGAACCUGCUGGGUGAGGACCCCCGGCUGGGGCCCGUGGCCGUGUCCCUUCGGCGGGAGGAGAAGGAGGGACCUCGGGCCCAGGUGCUGCACAGGAUCAUCCUGCGCACCUGCCAGCCACGGACUCUGCGGGGGUCGGUUCUGGAGGAGGCGCUGCCCCCCGGCUCUCGCCCCUCUGGGGCGCGGGGGGUCCCCCCCCGGAAGCUGCUGGAGCUGGUGCUGCCUGGGCUGGUGGUGGGGGGGCUGCGCCUCGCCCCCUCCCCCGCGGUGCAGGAGACCCUCCUCAAGCUGGACGAGCAGGGGGUGAGCCGGCAGCGCAAGGUGGGGGUGCUGUACUGCCGGGGGGGGCAGGGCUCCGAGGAGGAGAUGUACAACAACGAGGAGCCCGGCCCUGCCUUCGAGCAGUUCCUGGCACUGCUGGGCACCCGCGUGAGGCUGCGCGGCUUCGCGGGGUACCGGGCACAGCUGGACACCCGCACUGACUCCACGGGGACCCACUCGCUGUACACGACGUACCACGGCUACGAGGUGAUGUUCCACGUGAGCACCAUGCUGCCCUUCACUCCCCGCAACCCCCAGCAGCUGCUGCGGAAGCGCCACAUCGGGAACGACAUCGUGACAAUCGUGUUCCAGGAGCCGGGGGCACGGCCCUUCUCCCCCCGUGCCCUGCGCAGCCACUUCCAGCACAUCUUCAUCGUGGUGCGGGUGCACGAGCCCUGCACCCCCCACACCAGCUACAGUGUGGCGGUGGUGCGGCCAGAGGAGACCCCCCCGUUCGGGCCGGCGCUGGCGGCAGGGCAGCGUUUCUUGGGGGGCGCAGGGCUGCGCCCGUUCCUGCUGGCCAAGGCCAUCAACGGGGAGAACGCGGCGGCGCGGGGGGGCCGCCUGGGGGCCAUGGCCGCGCGCACCCGCCGCCAGUACCUGCAGGAGCUGCUGCGCGCCCACGGCGGGGGGGCCCCGCUGCCCGCGCCCCCCCGGGGGCUGCCCGCGCUCGGGGGACGCCGCCGGGGGAGCGCGGGGCGCGCGGGGGGCGCGGCGGUGGCGGGGGCGCUGGUGUGGGGGGCGCGGGCGCAGGGGGGGCCCGGGGGGGCCGAGGUGCCGUGUCUGCUGGGGGUAGCGGCCGAGAGGGUGGUGGUGGUCGCCGCGCCACCCGGGACGGUCACCGACCGGGCCGGGGGGCUCGCCCUCAACCCAGGGAAUCCCCCCCGUGACCAAGGGACGGUCGACCCCCACUCAAGGGCGAUCGCCCCUCAGCCGGGGAAGUUUCCCCCAAACCCAGGGGUGCUCCCCCCACACCCAGGGGAGCCCCCCACCCACUCAGGAACGGUCACCCCCCACCUAGGGACGGUUGCCCCACAGCAAGGGGAACCCUCACGUAACGCAGGGAUGGCCGCGCCCCCCCCAGGGGACGCUGCCCCCCACCCGGGGACAGUCGCCCUCCCCCCCGGGGUGCUGUUCAGCUGCGCCUGCCGGGACGUGCUGGGCUGGGGGUUCGCCGAGGGGCGCCUUGAGAUCUUCUAUGGGGCGGGCGAGUGGCUGGGGCUGCGGCUGCCCCACGGCGCUGCCCCACAGGUGGUGGCCAGGCUCCAGGCGGUAACGCGGGGGUGCGAGGCGCGGGAGCUGGCGCUGCCGCGGGGGGCCGGGGGCCGCCGGGGGUUCCGCGUGGACCCCUCGGGGGUCGUGACGGCCGUGACGCGGUUCUCCUUCGCCGAGACUGCGGGGCUGCGGCCCGGGACGCGGCUGCUGCGCGUGGGACACCGUCCCCUUCCCCGCGGGGACCCCCGGCUGCUGCGGGCGCUGCUGCGGCGCCCCUCGGGCCCCCUGACGCUGCUGCCUCCCGACCGCGACGGGCGGCCCCGGCGGAGUUUCUUGGAGCUCUACGCCCGCUCGCUGGAGCAGGGCCGGGGCACAGGGGGGGACCCCGGGAUCGGGGACCUUGGAGGGGAUAUCGGGGACACCAGCACCGACUCAGGGGGAGACAGCGACAGGGAGGAUCAUGGGGUGGGCCCAGGGGGGCUGCACCCCAACACCCUACAGCUCCUGCGCUCGCUGGCACUGGACGAGGAGAGCACCCCCUUUCCCCCUGGGGGUGGCCCCCCCAGCCCGAGGACCCUCAAGAGCCUGACCGGCUGCCCCCCCAGCCCGCCCCCCCUGGCUGACCCCACGCCUGACCUGUUGCUGCCGCACCACAGCCCCCCCCAGUCCGGUGACCCGGGUCCCUCUCUGGAUGCUGGUGGUCCUGCAGCCCCCCUCGAGCCCAGCCCCCCCCCGGGCCCCUCGCUGCGGCACUCCCUGGGCAGGCUGCUAUCGGGGUCUGGGGAGCCCCAGGAGGAGGAGUGGGAGCUCAUCGCCCGCCUGGCCACGGCCUGCAGUGGGGUCCUGGAGGCCAUCGCCCGGGGGGGGCAUCAGCUCCGAGAGCCCCUCAACAUCGGGGUCCAGCAGAGCCUGAGCCCGGUGGUCCCUGAGGAUGAGUCCCGGAGCCUCUCAGAGAAGGUGGCACAACUGGAGGCGGCACUGAAGCGGCUGCAGGAGGGUCUGCAGGAGGGCCACGAAGUGCAGCAGCGGCUCCAGGCUGAGCUCCGGGGGCUCCGUCGCAGCACCCGGCGGCUGCAGCAGGGCCAGGAGGACGCGAACGCGCGGCUCAGCCGGGUCACGAGGCUGCUGCACCCCCCCGGGGACCCCCCAAGCCCCCUGACACCCCCCAACAGCCCCCGGGGGGGACCCCCUGACCUCUCCGGGGAUCCCCUGACAUCCCCCAACACCCCCUGAGACCCCUGGGGGAGACCCUCCGACAUCUGUGGGACUCCACAGGACUCCGGGACUGUGGCAGCCCCCUGGCAUGGGGGCACCUGCACAUGGCAUGGUCAGGUGGGCACAGUCACCUCGGGCACACUCACCUGGGCACUCACCA